GGGAGAUAUGCGGGUGUCUGAAUGCGAAACCUCAUUGGCGCGGGCGCCUGGCAAAAGUGAAAGUUCGGAAUUAUCAUCAGCGGUGUGUGCUUAGCCUAAAAAUAGCCCUUGGGAUCGCGGUGGGAUGAUCAGGAGCAAUCGUCGCGGCAGCCGUCGUAUUUCGGGAGUUGGAGCAGAGUGUGGCCGCGCGCGGAAUUGAUUCGAACGGCACCUGGUGCGUCACCAUCUCCGUAGGGGGUGCAGCAGCAGAUCAGCAUGUGGUGGCCUUCAAGGACGUACCUCCUGCUCCUCCUGGUCGCCACCGCGGCACUGGCCAAGAAAGCAACCCACCAGGACAGCGACCAGGAUGGCGAAGUCAUAGAAGAAGUCACCUCCAAACAACUGGAGAGGAUCUUGCACGAGAAGGAUUACGUGGCGGUAUUCUGGUACACUCGAAGCUGCACCACAUGCGACAAAGUUCUGGAGGAGCUGGAACAAAUCGACGACGAGACCGACUCGUUCGGUGUCGACUUUGUAAAAAUAAAUGACAAACGACUGGCCAAACAGUAUGGCAUCAAUAAGUUUCCUGCGCUUACAUAUUUUAGGGAAAAGCACCCCAUCAUCUACGAAGGUGACUUGAUGGACGAAGACAGUGUAUUAGACUUCUUAACAAGUUUAGAAGCGAUGGAUCUACCAGAUCGUAUAGAAGAAGUGAACGCAAGAAUUUUAGAUAAAAUCGUGCAAGAAACUGACUUCGUUGCUGUCCUGUUCUGUCCAGAUACAGAGAGAUGCGCCAAAGCUGGAGUGAACAAACCGGAGUGUAAGAAAUGCUCGAAAGUCCUUUUGGAAUUGGAAAACAUUGACGAUGAAGCAGAUCAACUGGGUAUUGGAUUCGUGAAGAUAAACGACGAGGAACUAGCUGAAGAAUACAACCUGGGAUCAUUGCCUGCAUUAGUAUAUUAUAGGCAUCAGACUCCAAUUAUCUACGAAGGUGAUCUAUCUAGAGAAGAAGACGUGUUAGAAUGGUUAGUGCAACACAAGAGCACCGGCGAUGAAGAUGACAUCAUUGAAGAUGUUACUCUCAAGACUCUCUCAACGCUUAUAUCCAGUGUGGAUAAUCUAGCAGUUUUAUUUUACGACCACGAUGACGAUUAUUCACUUCAAGUACUGGACGAGCUGGAGAACAUCGAUGAUGAUUGCGACAAAAAUGGCAUCCAGUUCGUGAAGAUCGACGAUCCCCAGGCUAUCAUCGAGUAUGGCCUGGAAAGCCUUCCAAUAGUAGUGUACUUUGAAAGGGGCAUUCCCAACGUAUAUGAUGGAGACAUAGAAGAAGAGGAAGACAUCUUGGAAUGGCUUGUGGAGCAACUGGAGAAGGACGAAAUCGAAGAUGUUACUGAUGAGAUGCUUGACAAGUUGAUUGCCGAAGGAAAGAAUUUGGCUGUGCUGUUUUAUGAUGACGAUGACCGCAAAUCCACCAAAGUCCUAAACGAAUUGGAGAACAUCGACGACGAAUGCGACAAGCUCGGCAUCGUUUUCGUGAAAAUCGACAACGAAGACGAAGCUAAAGAGUACGGCAUCGAGAAAAUUCCCUCGCUGGUGUACUUCGAGAAGGGUAUCCCCACCCUUUACGAGGGCAACCUGGAGGACGAAGAAAAAGUGCUCAAGUGGCUGGAACACCAGCUAAAGAGCGAUGAAAUCGAAGAUGUCACCGAUGAAAUGCUGGAUAUCAUUUUGAGCAAAAAAUCACAUGUCGCCGUGUUGUUUUAUGAUAAAGGCCAGAAGAAGAGCCAGAAGGUACUAGUAGAGCUGGAAAACAUCGACGACGAGUGCGACCAGAACAAUAUAGUUUUCGUAAAGAUUGACAACAAAGAAGAAGCUAAAGAAUACGGAAUCGACUCUGUACCCACCUUGGUGUUGUUCGAAAAGCAGAUACCUCACGUCUAUGAAGGCGAUCUUACAAACGAAGACGAGCUACUCGGAUGGCUCAUUCACCAGAAAAGGCACAGUGAGAUCCCUGUCGUUACUGAUGAGAUGAUGGACUCGUUAAUAGAGUCACAGAAGUAUUUAGCUGUUUUGUUUUAUGACAAGGAUGAUAAAGAAGACAUCAGAGUCUUGAACGAACUGGAAAACAUAGACGACGAUUUGGAAAAAGAAGGAAUAGCCAUUGUUAGGAUAGAUAACGAUGCAGAGGCCAAGGAAUAUGGUAUUGACCAUCUACCAGCUCUUAUAUAUUUCGAAGAUAAAAUCCCUUCCGUAUAUGAAGGAGACUUGAUGAACGAAGAUGAAGUUCUUCAGUGGUUGGUUGAACAAAAACAAACCGCUACCAUAGAGGAAGUCACCGAUGAAAUCCUAGAUGAUCUAAUUCAAGAGCACGAGUACGUGGUGGUCUACUUCAGCGGGAACUGCGAAGAAGGCCAAAAAUGCGAUGACAUCCUGGAAGAGUUGGAAAACAUCGACGAUGAACUCGAUGAAAGCGGUAUCAUAUUUGUGACCACCGAAGAUUUAACCAUGGCCAAGAAAUACGGCAUCAAAAGUUUCCCAAAACUGGUAUUUUUCAGGAACAGAGAGCCACUGGUGUACGGGGGAGAUAUAGAAGAUGAGGAUGAGGUACUAGCUUGGUUGACGGAUGAAGAUACUUUAGAGAUACCAGACAAGAUAGAGGAGGUGAACAGCAAGAUGUUGGACAAGAUCCUUGGGGAAAAUGAGCAUGUGGUAGUUUAUUUCUAUAAAGAAGGUGACAAAAAAUCCCAAAAGAUCCUCCAGGAACUGGAGAACAUCGACGAUGAAUGUGAAGACAAAGAUAUCGAUUUUGUGAAAAUUUCCGAUGAAGGCAUUGAAAAAGAAUACGACCUUCCGUCCUUACCAACGGUGGCGUUCUAUAGAAACAGAUUCAGAGAAAUCUACCCUGGGGAUCUUAUGCAGGAAGAAGCUAUUUUGGAGUGGAUACUGGACCUUCGAGACUCCGAGCCUGAUAUUAUUGAAAAUGUGGACAGGAAAACUUUGCAGGUAUUAAUCAACGACGUGAACCAUCUUGCCGUCCUCUUCUACACCGAUGACUGCGAAGAAUGCGAAGAAGUUCUGGAAGAGCUGGAAACCAUCGACGACGAAACUGAUGAGCAUGGCAUUCAGUUUGUCAAGUCAAAGGAUGCAAAACUGGCCUCGGAAAUUGGCAUUUUCAGUUUCCCAGCUUUGGUCUACUAUGAAACGGGCGUACCCAUUAUGUACGAUGGAGACCUUACAAAUGAAGACAAAGUCUUGGAAUGGCUAGUGGAGCAAAAAAGUGACAACUCCGAUGAAAACGAUGAUGAUAACGACGAUAACGAUAGUGAUGAUGACGAUGAUGAUGAUGACAAUGAUGACGAUGAUGAAAAUGAAUUACUGAAUUUUGGCGAGAUAAUCAGCCAAUUUGCUUCAGGAGAUGGCUGCUUCUACAUCGGUAUGGGCGGAAAGGGAGUACUGCCUAAAACCUCGUUCGAGCCGUACCAGUGCUGUCCCAGGCCUCCGAGCAAGGGAAGCAAGGUUGCCAAAGCACAAGCGAAGAAGAUCGCAGCCAAGCAGGUACUCCCAAAAGCGGCCCUGAAGAAACCAGCACCGACCCCAGCGAUGAGAACCGUCUCUAAAGCUGACCACCCAGUGAACAAAGGCAAAGGAGGCGCAAAAGAGCCCGUUAAAGAACCUAAGAAAGGAGGGAAGAAAGGAGGAUUCUUUGGCUCCGGUAAAUAUACAUGGUGGUGGUAGGAAAAUACGCAACUAACAUCCAACUUUUCUUCUAUGGCGCAGCGUAAUAAAAUGGCCACCCAGUCACUAUCAACUUGAAUCAACGCGAAUAAAAGUCAAGUCUGCUCAACGUAGUUUAUUUGAUGAAUCCUUGUAUGUUACAGCUUCAACUUUUAUUUAAUACUCACUUAUGUUCAUCAUCGCUUUGGCACACAUAAACUCCUAUCGUUUAAAUACUAGGAUCAUGCUUAAGGCUGUGCCACUUAUGUGCUAUAAAAAUAGAGUGAUAAGCUAAACUCUUCAAAGUUCAAAAGAACUUCGGUAAAAACCGUAUCGCAAUUAAAUGAGGCUGAACUAUAAAGUCGUUUGGUAUGACAUUGAUAGUUUUGUAAAAGAAAUGAAGUUUAUAUUUUUGUAUAAUGAUAAAAAUAAUUAACUUUAACCAUCUUGUAGCUCCAGUACCUCUAUAUUUCAUAUCAUCAAACGAGGUACUUCUGAUUCUUAUUUCCUCAUUAUUGUGUCUGUCAAGUUUUACUUUUCAUUAUGCCAAAUAAUUUCGAGUCAAACAAAACAUGCACUCACUGUAGAUAUAUUUCUUCAUUACAUAUUUUGAAUAAAGCAUAAUAUAUAAUUUGACCUAGUAUAUAAAUGAAUGGCGUUUUUUGUUAGUUUAGUUUUUUUAUUGUUUGUUGUCAGACCAGUGGCAAUACAGGUGAUCCAAGCGAUUCCUUUGGAUGCCUUUAAAAACAUAAGACGUUUCGGCCACCACAGUGGCCUUUUCAAGUACAAUGGCAAUUAUUAAUUAACAUGAAACUAGCAAGAUAAGUUUUAGGAGUUACAUUAUAAAAAUACUUUUUAAAUAUGGAGUAUAUCAGCUUCAUACACUGAAAAAUGGUCCAGCUGUAUCAAUUAUGAUAUGGCAAUGAUUAAAGAAUCUUCUAUAAUAUCCAAAAAAGAUGUCUACAAACAAGGAAAGAACAUCUAAGAUUUUGAACGCUUGUAUUGUCACCAAAUUGCACACUUCACCAUUUUGUUUCAUUUUUAAUACUUUUGUAAAAUAAAAAAAGAUGUACACAUCUUUAACUUAACUGGUCCAUCAAGUUCUUAUUGGUAUCUCGUUCAAAGUAACUGUAAUACGGAUACUGUAGCAUGCAAAACCUUCAAAUCAAUUAAGUAAAAAAAACAUGUCGUUUCAUAUUAUACUUAUUUUGAAUGGUAUACGAUAGUUAUUUUUAUAAUAGUUAUCUAUUAAACUCAUUGUUUUGUUAUAAGAGAAUUUUAAAAAUUGUUAAUUCUUAUUGUUAUUUUUGGAGUAUGUAUUUUUGUAUAAAUAUGUACAUAUUCAAUAGGAUAUCCCUGAAUUUUUAGUAAAUUAGAAGACUUAGUUGACAUAUUAGCUGUUUUUCACAUUUUGUUAUAGUUAAUUUGUUGGAAUAUGAAGAACAAUCUCAGGGUAUCCGGUCGGUAAAUACACUGCCGCACGUCUUUUACAUGAAUAUUUAUUCCUACAAGAAACGUCCAAGUUAAACUAAAUAAAUCGUUUUCUAGUACUGUUA